CUAUACAGAGCAGCGCUACUCUUGUGAAACCACCACCACCGUUUCAUUGAUUCACAGACUUUAAAACACACAACAUGCAAACAAGAAGGUAAUGACAGGUCUCAUUGUAACUAUAUUAAUAACAAUUGCCUGUGACAGUUAAGCUCUACUAUAUCUCAAAGGAGAGAUCUAUCAACGCUGUCUCUGAAGGGAACUUGGAUACAACAUCUAGGAUCUUUUUUUAUCCACUCUCUAACACUUAUAGAUCAUCAUCUACUGUGUAUUUUUCUAUUCGGAUACCUGCACGUUGCCAUUUAUGUCAGACUAAAUAACUGCUAUGACAGGGAAACUGGCGGACAAGCUCCCUCUUACCAUGAGCAGUUUAAUAAACACGAUUCCUGACAGUCUUUACCCAGAAGAGGACAUUCCGACGUCUAUGAACAUUUUCACCAAUACGGAUUCUAUAAACCACUACUCGCAAAUGAAUACAGAUAAUAUCAUGGAUCUGGGGAUGGGAAGUGAUAAGGGAAAUUCAGAGAUCCAGUACGGCUCUAGCUUCCAGUCCAGCCGCAGCGGGCAGCCGGUCACCUAUUUGGGGAAGUUUGCCUUCGAUACUCCUCCGUCGGGUGGAAUGGGGGGCUCUGGCUGGUGUUCAGACAACAAUAUCAUUAGUUUAGUAAGUGCUGGGAUCUUGGGCGUCUCCCCGUCGCCUGGCACUAUCACCACACAGACAUCGUCCUCUGGAGCCAGCAUGGGCGGCCAGUCCUCAGAUAUGGAGCAGGUCUAUGGUCCGCCACUGCCUGCUUAUUCCACCUGCAGCGAGCUGUACCAGGAUCAGGUCUCCUUCCACCACAGUCCUGCUACCAGCACUACCCUCGGCUACCCCAGCAAUGACUACCACACCACCUCCAAGCCCUCCAUGGAUGGGAGCCUUUUCUCUAUGAUCCCAGACUAUAACCUCUUCCAUCAUCAGGGUGAGGUUGGCAUGAUGGAGCACAAGCCUUUCCAGUCCAUGGACCCCAUUCGUGUCAACCCCCCACCAAUCACACCACUAGAGACUAUUCGCGCAUUCAAAGACAAGCAGAUUCAUCCAGGUUUCAUGGGUGGGCAGCAGCAUGCUCCUCAGCACCACCAGCCACCACAGACACUAACACUCAAACCAAUCCGACCACGGAAGUACCCAAACCGGCCCAGCAAAACCCCUGUGCAUGAGCGGCCACAUGCCUGCCCAGCAGAAAACUGUGACAGACGCUUCUCCCGUUCAGAUGAACUGACACGCCACCUCCGCAUCCACACGGGUCACAAACCCUUCCAGUGCCGCAUAUGCAUGCGCUCCUUCAGCCGAAGCGACCACCUGACUACCCACAUCCGUACGCACACGGGCGAGAAGCCCUUCUCCUGUGAAUUCUGUGGACGCAAGUUUGCCCGGAGUGAUGAGCGCAAGAGACAUGCCAAAGUUCACCUCAAGCAGAAGGACAAGAAGCCGGCCGACAAGGGGAGUGGAGCGGCUGGCAGCCACAGUUCACCCCCCAAUUCCUGUGGUGGCAGUGGGGGGCCUAGCAGUGGCAACAUCAUGACUGUCACUACCUGUGCUUAGGAUGGACCAUCACCAUGCCCUAACAUAAGACUGGGGAGGGAGGGAUCCUAUCCACAAUGAGACAAAUAGGUGACUCUUUCUCUCUUUUUUUCUCUUACACUCCAUCUCUUUACAUUUUUAUUUCCAUGUAAUAUUUCCCUCCUCUAUUUGGAGAUGUUAUCUUGUAAGAGUAUGGGAAGAAGAGGACAUAGACGGGAGAGACAGCAACUGUGUGAAUGUUUGCAAGCAGAGGGGCAUCAUGGCACCGGCUGUCCAAGAGGACAUGGUAUAUCUUUGAUAAUGAAAUUCAAGUUUCUGAAGUCAUACUUUAUCAUGUAUUGUGUUUUCUGAGAAAUUCACCAAAAAUCUUGGAUGUGAUGGGAUUCAAAAAAAUUAUGAUUUGAGUUUAGAUUGAAUUACAACUGGGCGUAGAAUAAGGUGAGCUAUGUUUGGGAUGUAUGCAUUUAUUUCAUCUGGUUGUUUAAAAGUGCAAUUGGUUGUAUUUGUAUUUGUGUACUGUUGUUGAUACCUUAUUUGCUGCACUUUCCAUUGCCUUGUCUUUUUGUUGUAAAAUACUUUUUUACACAUAUUUUUUAUUAUUAUUAUUGUUUCUCAAAAGAAUGUGCCAAACGUUUUGGGAUAAUACUGCUAAGUUUGUUUUCUUAAUUGUGCCUGGGAUUAACCAAACAUUACAAAUACAUAAACUAUGUUUCUGACAUUGAUUUAAGGCAGAUUGUUAACAUUAGCCCCAAAAUACUAAAACUUGUUAUUUUAUUAUAAUUUGAGCAAUUAUAAGUAUCACAGUUACAACUCAGUUGGUCAAAAUUCUUUUGCUAUAAACUCAAAAACAUCAGCAUAAAAAAAACCCACAUGAAUAUUGGUUGUCCAUCCAAACCCGAUCCUGUGUUCAAUGGACCAGUCUUUGGUGGUAAUCUAUUGUCGUCUGAUGCACACUAAAUAAAAUGGAUUGCAACAUUAAUGUUAAAUCUUCAUGAACUGAUGAAGAAUGUAACAUAUUCACUACAAAUUACACAAAUCCAUGACAGAAAGCUUAUCAAGAUACCCAAGAUAAAACAAAAAUCUAUAUUUUAAGUUUAGUGCUUAUGUUUCUUAAAAAUAUAUAUAUAUAUUACCGUCUAUCUUCCAAGGGUUCCCCUUGGUCACAUUUAUAUGUGUAUUUAAAGACACACUCGACCAAACUUGAAGUGAAAUGCUAAGAGCGCAGAGAAUAAGACUGAAACAUUGAAAUACCUGCAUCUAUACUACAAGUCAACAUUUCUGAAUAACAGCAGAGAUGAAGAGGGCCUUUUAUCUGUGCAUUCACUGAGAGACCUGCCAGUUAUAUUCAUGUAAUUAGAGAUAUUGUAAAAUAAAAUGUUUUGCAUAUUGUUACAAUGAGCAACAUCUUUAAGAAAUACAAUAUACAUGGUAUUGCCAUGUUUACACCUGCUAUUUUGAGAGAUCCUGAAUUUAAAAUGGUUAUUAUUUUUUGUAUAGUGAGAGAUAUAUACAGGUACUUCAACUUUUAUACUCAGACUGUCAAAGGCACCAUAUACUUCAGUAUUAAAUUGUGCAUUUGUAUGUAGAAGUACAAUAUAUAAAAACAAAUGUAUACAUACACACAUUUCUUAUUGACUGAAUGCUUGUGCAGAAGGGGUCUUAAAAUGCUUCUUGUAAAGUAAUGAUAAUGCAGAAAGUUUAGUGAACACAAGUCAUUGCACAAGACUUGAGCAUUGACAGUGCCAAAUGGGGUUCAUUAUCUUCCAUUUCAAAACGAUCUAAUAUUAUUUGUACCUACUAUAGGGUUCUUAGCAGAAAGUGGUUUGAGGAAACACUAAAUGUGUUCUUAAACUAAAUAAACAAAAAUCUGAACAAAAAUCUUUGUAUUUCAAUUGCAAACAAGCCUGUAAUGUAUGGAUUCCAAAGUUCAGACAAAUAUAUUGAAAAAAAGAAGCCUAGUACACAGUAUGCAACAUUUUUCACUAUCCACAUGGAUUUUUAGAUCAGUAAGGCAAUAUCAGUAUGCAAUAUACAGUCUUACAAGUGGCAAGUCUGGCAUUGACUGAAGGCUACGCUACUUGAAUUACUUUAGAUUCAGAUAAAUACAUUUCUUACAAUAAUCUUGGGUCACACUGAUUUAAAAAAUGCACUCAUGUGUGUCAAAUAUAUAAAAUCAUUAAACAAGUAGUCAAAUAAGUCAAAUCAUAUAAUCUUAUAAUUUCAUUAAUGAUAACAAUGUAUAGGUAAUAAUGUACUACAAAAUCAUUUGAGGGAUGUAAAUCCAAACUGUUUGGGAAUUUAUCCACUACAUUUGAUUGUUGUCUUCACUGUGCUCAAUGCUCUAGUCAGCUUUGGUCUUGGCGUUUCUCUGAUUCCCCUGAAAGGGCAGUUAUUUUACCCCUCCUCUCCCAUCUGGCCCUGUGUGCGAUAAUUAAUGCACCACAGUCGAAUGUGUUCUCUGUGGGUUUGAUAUGGAUUACUUAUUGUCAUAGCAGCUGUGCCUGAUAGCAAAAACUUUCACAAAUCUUGAUUGAACAUUUCAACAAAGGUCAAAAACAAGGAUUUAUAAAUGCGUUGCUCACUAAAUUACAGCAUUCUCCAAUGUGCUUCCAAGGCCACAUUUCCUCUUUCCUGUGCAAACUGGUUUUCAUUGAUAGGCUUCCUGGCAAGUGUCCACUUAUUUUCCAAUUAAUUUGGCCCCAAAGUGUCUUUCUCCAGUUCAUCUACUGUAAAUGGGUAAAUGAACAGACCCCUUGCAUUGUCUGACAGACUUGGUGAGUUCACACAUACAAUAUCAUCUCACUUAUUAUUUAAAUCAAUUGCUUUCUGAAGUGCAUUUUAGGACAGUUGUAUUCCUGUUGCCAAUUAUUAAUAUUUCCGGGACUUUGCUUGAGCUAGUUUGAUGAAUGGCAGGAUUUUAAAAAGGAUAGUUCACUGAUCAUGAUUAGUUAGCAAGUGAAUAGUAGUAAGUGAAAAAAUAAACAAUAUAGAAGGGGAAUGUAGAUGAUUACAGUCCAUCUAUAAUGAUACUCAAAUAACUCUGGUCUGUAUUGAUUCAAAACAUUUAUCAUUUGAAGUGGGAUUUGCCUUAAGCUAAGUGAAGUGUAGAAAACUGUAUGUAUGGCUUGGAAUAUUCAGUUAUGGCCUUUAAUGUUAAAAGUGUGUGUAUAAGCAAGUGUAUCCAUCUUAACUUCUCUGGUUAAUUGAAGGGAUGAAAUUCUCAACAGCUGAGAUGGGAUUGGCUCACAGGUGGAAAAGGCAAAUACAAUCUAUACUGAACAAAUAUAUAAAUGCAAUGUGCAACAAUUUUACUGAGUUACAGUUCAUAUAAGGAAAUCAGCCAAUUGAAAUAAAUUCAUUAGGCCCGAAUCUGUGGAUUUUACAUGACUGGGCAGGGGUGCAGCCAAGGGUGGGCCUAGGAGGACAUAGGCUCACUCACUUAGGAGCCAGGCCCAGACAAUCAGAAUGAGUUUUCCCCCACAAAAGGGCUUUAUUACAGAAAUAAAUGCUCCUCUGUUUCAUCAGCUGUCCGGGUGGCUGGUUUCAGAUGAUCCCGCAAGUGAAGAAGCUGGAUGUGGCGGUCCUGGGCUAGUGUGGUACACGUGGUCUGCGGUUGCGAGGCCGGUUGGACAUACUGAUAAAUUCUCUAAAAUGACGUUGGAGGCGGCUUAUGGUAGAGAAAUGAACAUGCAAUGCCCUGGCAACAGCUCUAAUGGACAUUUCUGCAGUCAGCAUGCCAAUUGCAUGCUCCCUCAAAACUUGAGAAAUCUGUGGUAUUGUGUUGUGUGACAAAACUGCACAUUUUAGAGUGGCCUUUUAUUGUCCCCAGCACAAGGUACACCUGUGUAAUGAUCAUGCUGUUCCAUCAGUUUUUUGAUAUACCACACCUGUCAGGUGGAUGGGUUAUCUUGGCACAGGAGAAAUGCUCAGUAAUAGGGAUGUAAACAAAUUUGUGCACAAAAUUGGAAAAAAUAUAUAUUUUUGUGCUUAUGGAACAUUUCUGGGAUCUUUUAUUUCAGCUCAUGAAACAUGGGACCAACAUGACUUCAUUUUUAAGGGCACAUCGAUAAUGAGCUAAAUAUCCUCAGACUUAUUCUGUACCUUUUCAUUCAGCCAACAUGGUUCAGCAACAAAGCCUUGUAGUAAGAGUAGAAUAACAAAGACAAAGACAGUUUUCAGAGAUCAUAUGGCAGCCCUGUGCAUUUGAUGCUCGUAUGUGGGGGUUCAAAUGUUAAGUUUAUGGUGAAUGAGGUUUGGUUUUAAAGAAUACUGUGUUUAUCUAGCUCUCGGUGAGAAGAGUUGAAGUUUUGCUCGGAAGAGAGGAGAAUACGCCAACAUUAUUUCCAUCUGUCACCCAAAGACGUAAUUACAAGGGGAUGUUGUCAUCUGUCAUAUUUCUGACUAAUGCAAAGUUCAGUGUAAAAGCAUGGUCUAUAUUACAUUUAACAAUUGUACAUUUUUAUUUCACAUUACUGUUAAAUAUAAAAUCACUGUAACAAGGUCUGAAAUCAAAAACUGUCCUCAUGAAUCAUGAUUCAAUAGUGCUUUCUUUGUCCCAUUUGAUCAGAACACAGUACUAUCAAGACUGUUUUCCUAUUUGUCUUGAACUGGAAUGAUUUUAGAGGAUACAUUAAGUGUGUAAGAGAUUUAAAUAAGAGAUCUCCCUUCAUAUCUUCUCCUCCUCAUCCUGAUAGUUCUCUGCUCAGUCCUGGACUCGAGCCAACCUUAACAGCCAUGUUUGGGCCAAAUUGGGAUGCAAGGUUGGGUGAUUAGGAACAAUAUGCGAUGAGAACUCCACAAAAGUAACAAAAUGUAAAUGUGACCUCAGUCAGCUUACAGCUCAAGGCGUCCCUGUGCUGAUGUCUGUGUUUACUCAUUAAUUUACUCCCUGUAAAGCUGCCUUUGUGCAAGGUCAUAAAAGACUGAAAGUAAACAUUCCACACAAAACCUCCAUGACCACUUUUGUACCAGGAUAAAUGACUGGCAGCUCAUCUCAUAAUAAUAACCCAAAAAUUCAAUUUAAAAAAAAUUAUGAUAGAUUUCUAUCCUAAAUGCUAAUUUUGAGGAUGGUACCAGACAUUUUCAAGGUGGUCCAUACUAGUGUAGGUUCAUCUUUGGUAGAUGGCACUGAAAUGUUUUAGGGAAAUGUUUCUUUGUUAUCUCCUGUGUUUUCUUUUCAUUAUAUCUUCUUGUUUGCAUGUGCACGAAAAUGUUCCAACCAUGUUUAGAGCCACCUUCAGGUUCUAAAGGUGGUGCUAAAUUAUUUUAUUAUGCAUGAAAAUAAUGAUUACAACAAAAAUAUUAAACUUAAGUAAAAGGGGACAGACAAACUGCGGAGCUACAAAUAUGGACAUUUUGGAAAACACACUGGGAUUUUUCUUUUUUUUUAAGAAAACAAGAAGUCUUGUUGAAAAUGUUGUGGAUUGUCUUACUUCAUGUUUUUCUAUUACCUUAUAAUAAGGUCCUAAUAUAAAUUUUGAAUAUUGUAAUGAAAUGUAUUAUCCAUUUGUGGUGGGGAGAUGUACUCCCCUCAUUGUUAACUUGGCACUUCAGUUUGUUGUAACGCAAUUGUUUUUGUUAUUUCUAUGUAAAGUACUUGAAUAAAGAAAAUGAAAAUG